AGAUUUUGAUUUCUCUCAGAAGGGUAUGAGGGACUCACGUAACAACGAGUCAGCACAGCCAACAUUCUCCGGGGCUAAGGACCUCUUCACGUCAAGUUCACCGUUUUACCCGGGACCCACGUCAUUUGGCGGUAGUGCAACUAUUUCUCGCGUUGACGACAAUUUUAAGCGUAUCAGAAUACUUGCUUCUGAAAUCAACGAAAAGAUGGAACAGCCAACUAAUUCGGAGUCCACCGAGUCGAGGAUCAUGAAACGCCGUCGUCUGUACGCUUUUCUAAAUAGGAAUGAAAUUACGUACAGGAAAUACCGGAAUAUACAGAAUGAGUCCCGGAUGGGCAUCAUUCAUGAGAUGGAGGAACCACAAAUGGCAGAAACCACAAAUAGGAAGAAACCAGUUGUGCGAACAUUCUACUUCUCGGAGCCUAUACCGCUAAUGCAACAUCAUUCAAAGCGCGAUUUCGUAUUUUCCGAACCAACUCCUCUGGAUUAGGAUACUUGUUUGGAUGCUAUCAAGGAAUUUUACAAAUGUAUUUCUGAAUUAUAUAAAUAUUGAAGGUGUUUCUGUAAAUCUGUUAAAGCCACGGUAUACAAAGAAAAUAACAUAUUUUAGUAUAGCUCCUAUUCAAGGUCUCUCCAUUAUGCAUUGGGAAAGUACACGAAAAUAUAGAUGGUAGGAUAGAUCUUGACUAAAAGAGAAAUAUAACGAAUAUAUCCAUUUUUCUUAUUAAAUUAAAAUCUAUUUUUUGUAACUGAUGAAUUUGUUCUGAUUUUGCAUUCAAAUGGACUUUCGAACAAGUAAAGGGUAGCACAAAGGAUAAACACAU